CAGCGCUACCGAGUGUGCGAGAAGGAUGCCCUGGCGGAGGCGGUGCUGCAAGACGGCCAGCUGCAGCGCUUCUGCCAGCAGUGUGGCCGCUUCCACCCGCUCUCCUUCUUUGACGCCACCAUGCGCACGUGCCGGGAGCAGCUGGCGCGCCACGCCAGCCUGAAGCGCAAG